UCAGUGAAGGUACAUCAGCGACAGGAAUAGUUACUGUUUCUUCUGUCAAGGGGAUGAUGAAGGAGACGACAUAUGAGAUGGCCUGAAAUUGAAAGGGAGGGUCGCCUCCGCGUGCGUAACUCGCUGGGCGUCAAGCUGUGGUUCUCAAUUUUCACUUCGGCCAACAUGGCUGCGCCGCCGGCGAAGCCCUCGCCUCAGCCGCAGCAAGAUGCCUUAUAUUAUUUACUUAGCGACCUCCGAACUCGCGAUCCUGCCCAGCAGAAGGCGGGGGCGAAUGCUCUGUGCGAGUACGUGUUAUGGGAAACGAGGGACUUGAGAGGAGAGGGUUUCACGGGGUUCAUGGAUCGGUUAUACGGGCGUUUGCGGGCGAUGAUCGAGAGCGCCGACGAGCUGGAGAACAUUGGGGGCGUUUGUGCCAUUGACGCUCUCAUCGAUUGGAAGCUGGGUGAGCACUCUGCCAAGUUGAAUAAGCUCGACAGUUUUCUCAGAUACGUCUUCGAGGUUAAGAGAGAGGAGGACACGCUGCUGCUUGCGGGAAAUGCCUUUGGCCAUCUUCUGAAAGUGGGAAACACUGUGACGUCUGGCUUAACUGCGAAGACAGUCGAUGAGAUGGUCACACUUGCAUUGGACUGGCUUGUGGAGAACUCUCCUCACAAACUUGCAGCAGCAAUCAUCUUGAAGUCCCUCGUGGGGGCUCUCACGGAUGUCAUGAGCCAAAUACUCUGUAGAGAUGUGGCUGACGAGCGCACUGCUACUGUGAUGGGCUCGCCAGGCUCCUUCACAGCUUGUGAUGGGCACGAUGUAUGUUUGGUCUGCGUUCAAACAUUGAUUGGGCUAGUCAUUAGCAUUCUAGCAUUCUGCUUCGCUAUCUUAUACUACGUGAAUGAGGCUGUUGCAGAGAGUUCUCCAACGAUUUUUAAUACAAGUGUCCCAAUGUUCAACGAAAAGAUUUGGAUAGCAUUGCAUGAUGAGAACAAGGCCGUCAGGGAAAGGGCUGCUGAGGCAUUGGGUGCAUGUCUUCGCAUUGUACAGACUCGCGAGACAAGAUGGCGCGCUCAACGAUACUUCCGUCUGUUUGAGCGAACAGACUUUGGGAUGCGGAAACAGGCAAGCCCUGAGAGUAUUCAUGGCUCGUUGAUUGCAAUUCGGGAGCUAUUGCAGGGUGCAGGAGAAUUUAUGAUGGCAAGGUAUCAAGUUGUGGCUAACAUUGUCCUCCGAUUCAAGCAUCACAAGGAUCCUCUCAUUCGCCGGACCAUCACGGAGUUGGUUCCAAUGAUAGCACUGUAUUUGAAAGCCAAGUUCCUUACGGAGUACCUUGAGAAAUACAUGCAAUACUUGAUGGAUGUGAUGAAGAAUCCUUCUGAAAGGGCCAGUGGGUUUGUGGCACUUGGAGGCAUGGCGAAUCGUGUGGGGAUCAGUCUUGUGCCUUAUUUGGAUGAGAUCUUUGUUCUUCUACGUGAUGCGAUUGUGCCCAGAAAGGGACCCGUUUGUCCGGAGGCCCUCAUUUGUGUGGGGAAGCUGGCGCAAGCGAUUGGGAAGAAAAUGGAGGACCAUGUAAAGGAUCUAUUGCCGGCCAUGCUGCAAGGUGGUCUUAGCCCUGCCCUUGUUGAAUCCUUGAGCGCAAUCUCAAGCAGUCUCAAGGACCUUGAUAUCGAGGAGAGCUUGAUUCGACUCGUUGAUUCAGUGCUUAUCAAGGAAGAGGGUGCCAAAGCUCAGAGUCUCAGCUCAGCUUUGACGGGCUCACAUGAAUCAGUUAACUCUUCUAUUGUGCAACUUGCUUUGAGGACACUUGGUUCUUUCAGGCUGGAGCUUCCCAUUCCAGUGUUUAAGCAGAAGACAUGGAAGGUUGUGCUGUAUCUGGAAGACGCCGAUCCCCUUAUUCGACAGGAAGCUGCUGUGACAAGUUGCAAGCUGAUUGCAUCUGUCGUUAAGUUCAGGCCGAGUCCAGGUGAUCCGGACUUCCGGAGAUCAAUAAGAUGGGAGAAGAUAGAAGCAACCAUAUUUGAGAUUGUGAAGAAGCUCAUGGUCGCUGUGAUUGAUACGGAGCCGGGGGUGCGGAAGGCGUUCAUGAGCUGUCUGCUGUCAACAGAAGCUCUUCAUGAGUUCAUUUUCCACGAGGACUGCGUCUUUCCUUUGUUUAUUUCUCUCAAGGACGAGGUUUUUGAGAUCCGUGAGCUGGCAAUCAAGGUGCUUGGACGAAUUAGGAAUAGGAAUCCUGCGUUUAUCUUGUCGAGGAUGCGAGAUCAUCGGCAAUACCUUCUGGGGGGGUUAGAUAUAAUGUUAGAUGUGAAGACUAGAGAAGAAUGUACAAAACUCUUAGGUGUUCUUAUGCGAAGUUGUCCAGAAGCUGUAUCAUGUGAUUACCCAACCAUUUUAGAGACCUUGAUUUCGAAACUACGGGAGGCAAUGCUAAUCGAAUCUUCGCCUGCACGUGGCCAUGGACUCUGUGGAAAUUGUGGAGUGGUUACUUCAACGUUGGCAACAUUAGGCGAUCUGAGUGAAGUGGGGGGUUCAGAGCUUCGACAGCAUCUUAAAGACCUGCUACCACUGAUUGUUCAAGCUCUGCAAGAUGACAAAGUGCCUGGAAAGCAGAGGGUGGCAGUCAUGACGCUUGGGAAGGUUCUACAGAGCACUGGGUUUGCUGUGAAUCCUAUUAUGAGCUACCCAGAGCCACUGCUAAGUCUUGAGAGGCUACUGAAUCCCACGGGUGAUUGGGCUCUGCAAAGAGAAGUAAUGCAUGUUUGGGGAAUGUUAGGAGUUGAUCCACAUUUGUACAAGCACGGGAUGAGGAAUACAUCAUCAAGGCUGCAAAUGCAGUCACCUGCUGCUGCCCAAUCUCAGUCCAAGGAAAGAACAUCAGCUGCAAUCACCACAGCUAUUGAUGAGACACCCAUAGACCUUCUCUGCAGUGCGACAUUUUCGACAAGUAAUGAAGAUUUCUACCCAACUGUUGCAACAAAUGCAUUACUGCGUGUUGUUAUGAAUAGUUCAACGGUUUCCUCGCAGAAGUUAGCCAUAACUUCCCUGGUGUCCGUAUUGAAGGUGCUGGGACCUCAGGGAUGUGCACCGUACCUCGCAAAGGUUAUGACCGGCUUCUUCCAUAUUUUUCGCACCUGUGAGGAUGGUCUCAAGGGUCUUAUGCUCGAACAACUCUGCGAGAUUGUCAUGAUUGUGCGGAAGCCCAUUCACCCAUAUCUGCGUGACUUGAUGGCAAUUAUUCUCCAAGAAUGGAGUAACCUUCCUCUUCUCACAGGGGUCCAGACAUUGUUGAAGAAGUUGUAUCUUGCUGUGAAUACCCCAUCACUUUUCGAGCCGUACAUGCCAGAAGUUCUCCCAAGAUGUAUGCAACAACUUGCGGAUGCGGAAAGAAGUGGUGAUUUGCCUAUUGUAAGGUCGACGCUACACAUGCUGGAAGUAUUUACUGUGGGCUUCUCAAUGGUGCAUGUGCAUUGGGUUGUGCCGGCUGUGGUGCGGAUGUUCAAGGGAGAUGUCGGCUCAGCUUCAGUAGAGAUUCGUCGGGAGGCGCUGCAGUCACUUGCCCGCCUUAUCGAUCGCCUGUGUAAAACGCAUUCUGUGAGCGGCCUUGUGCAGUCUUUUUUUGUUCCUCUUAUUAGAGUCAUUGCUGGGCCUGAAGAGUCUCUGCGUGGAGUUGCAUUGGAUGUGCUAUGCAUUUUUGCAGCAAUGGAUGUUAGGCAGUUUGGAUUUGCCUUGCCGGCCGUAACAAGAAUAGUGGAGCCGCUGCAGCUACAGCAUGAUCAGUUCAGGCAGUUGGCUGUCGAGAUGAAAGAAAGGCGAUGGGUGCAGAUUGAUGCAAUAAAGGCACAGCUCCUCAAGAAAGUCUCAGUGGUAGAGGGGUUGGAGAUGGAGGCUGUUGACAAUGGAGGUCCUGUUGAAGAUCUGGAGGAAUCCGUUCCCCCACUCAAGAUGGACGUGCACAAAUUGAAGAAUGCCAGUGAAGCAUGGAAUCUUUCCAUGCGGGAAGACUGGGACGAGUGGAUGCGUCAGCUCUCUGUGAAACUUCUGAAGGAGUCACCAUCACCCGCACUUCGGUCUUGUGCAGAGCUUGCAAGAGAGCAGCCCAGUGUGGCUAAGGAGCUGUUCUCUGCUGCUUUCGUGAGCUGCUGGACAGAGAUGAAGCCUCCAUCUCAGGAACAGCUGGUGACCUGGUUCGAGCAUGCAUUUAUCUCUCUGAGCAUUUCGACUGAGACACUGAAUAUUCUGCUGAAUCUGGCUGAGUUUAUGGAUCGGGACGAGAAGCCGUUGCCAGUGCACCUUUCCAAAUUGGCAACGUUGGCUGAAAAGGUAUGUUUGUUCCUCUCUGCAAUAAAUCAGUCUACUGUACUGCCUCAGCCUGCCUGUGAUGUGGGGGUCGGGCGUAGGGCGGUUGUAGAGGGGGUCUGCAGGUGUAGGCAAAGGUGAUAUUUACAGGCAUGAAGCAGUCUCACUGAUCUCUAUACAUCAUCACGUGUGACAGUACACUUGAAAGACAGCAAAGCAUCUCUCUCUAUACACAGUUGAAGUAAAAGAUGGAGAAACGA